AGGUUUUAAAUAUAUGUAUAGAAAUUUGUGGGGUAGUGUGAAUGUGUAUCAAAUAAUAUUCCAAGUCCAAGUCAAUGCAAUAAUUAAUGAGUUUGACAGAGAGAAAGGCAGUUUUAUCCCUACAAUAGUCCUUGAUAAUGGGUGGAUGGUCUUAGUGGUAUGGUAUGCAUGUUCCAUUUCAGCAUCAACCAUGGGCAGAGAAAAAUACUUGCUCCUCCAAAUUAUGGUAGUAGUGCUGCUGCUACUUGAUGAUGAAACAUGUGAUGCAAUUAGUAAUAACCAAACAUAUUGUGCCCCUUCUUCGUGUGGCAAAAUCACAAACAUAACACAUCCAUUUCGACUUAAGAGUGAUCCAACAAGAUGUGGUGAUAAGAGGUACGAGUUAUCAUGCGAAAACAACAUGACAAUGUUAACUCUGGUUUGGGGAAAAUACUAUGUGAAGGAAAUAAACUACAAAAACUACACAGUUCGGUUAGUUGAUCCCGGAAUUCAAGAGGGUAAUUGCUCCUCCAUUCCCCACUAUCUCUUAACCACAUCGAAUUUCACAAUUAAUUAUUACAAAUUUAGUAUGGAAGUGUUGGACAAUCAGAAUGGUAACAGGGAUGAAUACGAUUACCAACUCGAUUAUUUAAUCUACUUGGGGUAUGUAAUCUACUUGAACUGUAGCAAGGAAGUGAAGGACGAUUCUGCGUACGUGGAUACAUCUCCUUGCGUCAAAUGGCAUUCCAAAGGUCAUCUUUAUGCUACCUUUGACGAUCAGUUGAGUAUUGCGAGGUUAAAAGACUAUUGCCAUGUGAAGCUUGUUACUCCUUUCUCAUCAGACUAUUAUCAGCGUCCAACUUUAUCCUACGCUGAGAUUCAUGCAAAGCUGACCUAUGGAUUUGUCCUAUCUUGGAUGAAUCGUGCUUGUCAAGAUUCUUGUGACAUUAACACUCAUGCCUGCUACUUCAAUGAAACCAUCGGAGGACUUGAAUGUAUAUUAUAUGGCGAUUAUUGCAUAACUCCAUUGGGAUUCGGCAUCAAUUGUGAACAUUUGUCAAAGCUACGCAUAGUGAUCGAAGAUAUUAUAAUUGGCAUCAUUAAAGGACUAUUACAAACAAUUGGCACUACAAAACGUUCUCAAUUAUACAACUCAACCGAUAUAUUAUCUUAUCAAGUUCCUGAUUCUAAAAUUGGCAUCGAAUUAGGAAGAAUCAGUGGUAGAUAUUUUUUGCCAUUAUUUAUAGUGAGAUUUACACUGGGCUCUAUUUUUUGUUGUGGACUACUGAUAUACACAUGUCGAAGAAGACAUAUAUCAAUAUAUGAAAAUAUUGAAAUUUUUCUUCGAGGGAGUACCUUGAUGCCAAUUAGAUAUUCAUACAGACAAAUAAAGAAUAUGACUAGAAGUUUCAAAGAUAAGUUGGGUGAAGGAGGUUUUGGUUCUGUUUAUAAAGGAAAACUAAGUAGUGGGCCAUUUGUAGCCAUAAAAAUGUUGGGUAAAUCAAAGGGUAAUGGACAAGAUUUCAUUAAUGAAGUUGCAACCAUAGGAAGAAUACAUCACACUAAUGUGGUGCGACUUAUUGGAUUUUGUGUUGAUGGAUCAAAACGUGCUCUUGUUUAUGAAUUCAUGCCCAACGGCUCUCUUGAUAAAUAUAUUUCCUCUAGCCAGGAUGCUAUCUUUUUAACAUACAAGCAAAUGUAUGAGAUAUCUCUUGGAGUGGCUCGUGGUAUUACUUAUUUGCAUCAAGGUUGUGACAUGCAAAUUUUGCAUUUUGAUAUCAAACCUCACAAUAUCCUUCUUGAUGAGAACUUUAUCCCCAAGGUUUCUGACUUUGGUCUUGCAAAGCUUUAUCCAAAUGACAAUAGUAUUGUCACUUUAACUGCAGCAAGAGGAACAAUUGGUUACAUGGCUCCUGAAUUGUUCUACAAAAACAUUGGUGGAGUAUCUUACAAGGCUGAUGUGUAUAGUUUUGGAAUGCUUUUGAUGGAAAUGGCAAGUAAGAGAAGAAAUUUAAAUCCACUCGCGGAUCGUUCAAGCCAACUUUUCUUUCCCUUUUGGAUUUAUAAUCAAUUGAUUGAAGAAAGGGAAAUACAAAUGGAUGAAAUUACUAAUGAGGAAAAGAGUAAUGUGAAGAAAAUGUUCAUAACUGCGUUAUGGUGUAUUCAAUUAAAACCAUGUGAUCGUCCUGCAAUGAACAAAGUAAUAGAGAUGCUUGAAGGAGAUAUUGAGAAUAUUGAAAUGCCUCCAAAGCCUUCUCUAUAUCCAAAUGAAAUGAUUCAAGAAGACAAUGAAGUCGACUCAAAUGAAAUUGAAUUAGAAUCUGAGGUUGGCUCUGUCAGUUUUAUUGAGGAAAAUACAACAAAACCUCUAUUGAUGAAUUCAUCUUGAUGGUUUCUUGUUGUUCAUUUGCUUUCACAAAUAAAUUUUUGUUUUUUUUUUUUUACAUAAGAACAUAUGUUAAUAAUGUAAUAUUAAUUCAUAAAAAGGUAAAGCAAACCAUGUAGCUAAUUCCAAUAGUAAGCAUAAUAAUAAGCACCUUACUUCCAAACCACUAAUGCCAAAAGAUACAAUGUAAAGAGUUUUGUUGAAUCAUGUUUUGAUCAAAA